UUAAAAUUAAAAUUUACUUUGAUGAAUAAAUCAACAAUGUCAUAAAUUAAAUAGACAACAACGUUUCAACUUGAGUCGAUAGGCUUGAAUGGUUGAAAUUAAUUUUUAAAAAUGUUCAAAUUUAUCUUGUUUUUUUUUUGUGUUUUCUUGUUUUGGUCGUCUGGUGUUAAAUUUAAAUAAAAUCCAAGUUGAAAUUCUUGUUAUUUUUCCUUUUGUUUAUUCUCAAUUGUAAUGAUCACACCUCUUGGUCAUCGUAUUAUCAUCACACCUCACAUCAAUAAUCCAUGCAUUCAAAUAUCGUACAAAUCUCAAUCGAUCUGAUCCAAUUAUUCGGUAAUCAAGAUGAUCAAAUUGUGAUGUGGAAUUUAUAAUUGACAAAAAAAAUGUAUUAAAGCGAGUAAAUGUCAACUUAAAUCUAAUCGCCUUGGUUAAUUUCAUUUCAACACUACAAUUGAUUUUUUCUGCUACAGCCAGAUGUCGCUAAAAGCAUUCUCAAAAAGCACUGUUCAAAGGUAUUAAAAUUGGCCGUUGAUUUAUUUAUUCGAGAAAUAAGCAAAACAAUCUGUAGUGAAUGAAGUUAUGCACGCCUUGUCAAAUCAUUUUUGCUAACUAUCAGGUAAUAUUCCCAAAUUGUCAAUGUAUCACAUAGUUUUGUCAUUUUUUUUUGUUGAUCAUUUCUUUUCCAUCGUCACUAAUUCUCACAUAUAGUUUGUCAAUAUUUUUUCUAUGAUUCGAGUGUUUUUUAUCAUCAAUAAUGGCAAGAUUACCGAAUGAAAAUAUCGAUAUUGAAUUAUUUCAAGAUGAUUUUAAAUACAUUGAUCAAGAAUUUCUCCCAUCAGUUGUUUCGAUUUGCAGUCUUUUUACUUACGUUGACCAAAAAGAAUUUUUAUUGAUGACCGAAGAAUCUACAUAUGCAUAUGGUGAAAUAAUAUGCUCAUGGUUAUCGUUGAAACAUGAUAGGACCAAACCACAACAGAUAUCUUGUCUUGAUGAUAUGAAAAUUGUUCGUGUAGAUUCAAGCCAUUGUUUUGUUGCCAUUCUAACUGAUGAUGGUCGAGUGUAUCUUGCAAGCAAUGAUUCUAGUUGGAAGACGAAUAAUACUUUCCGAUUAAUCAACACCGGUAAUGAUUGUUUCAAGAUGAUUGCUUGUGGAGGGGAGCAUUUAUUAUUGCUACGACAAGAUGGUCAUGUUUUCGCUAUGGGUAAUAAUUGUUAUGGUCAAAUAACUGGAAAUAAUGAAAAAUCAUCCUAUGAAAGUAUGAUCAAUACUGGUAUUGAUAAUGUUAAACUUAUUGCUUGCGGAGUUGAUCAUAGUUUUUCAAUAACUAAUAAAGGAGAAAUUUAUUCCUGGGGCCUUAAUAAUUGGUAUCAAUUAGGUCUUGUUGAUAAAAAAAACCGAAACACUCCAUGUCUUGUUUUAUUUCCAAAUGAUGAUUCAACCCACAUCAAAGAUAUUGUUGCUGGCCACCAACAUUCAUUAUUUUUAUUCGAAAAUGGUCAACUUUGGGGAUGUGGUUCUAAUUUCUAUGGUGAACUUGGUAUUGAUGAUUGUAUUGUAUCAAAGUUGACAAAAAUACCGAUUGAAAAUGUACAACAAAUUAAAUGUUCAAAAUUCGACAGCUUUUCAUUGGCAUAUGAUGGAUCAUCGUACUAUGCAUGGGGCAAAACCAAAUAUGGCAAAUGGUCAUCACCUAAAAGAUUGGAUGAUCAUCCGACGUCAUUUGUUGCUGCAGCGGCAAUGAUACGUCAUAUAUCACACACAAUCGGUUUAACAUCAACAAUUUAUGUAUUCGGAUCACAUGAUUCAUUAUCAUACAAAUCAAUCCUCCGAUUAUUCGAUAAUCAAGAUAAUUAUGAUGUGGAAUUUAUAAUUGACAAAAAACGUAUUAAAGCAUGCAAAUGUUAUCUCAAAUCUGCUUCGGAAUAUUAUUGUCGAAUGUUUUCAGGAAAAUGGACUGAAAAUGAUCAAGUAAACAUUGACGAUUAUUCAUAUGAAACAUACUAUGCAUAUCUACGUAUGUUACAUAAUGGUAAAAUUCAUAUUACUCGUCAAAACAUAACCGAGCUUGUUGAUCUAGCCAACUGUUAUGGUGAUAAAAGGUUGAUGGAAUAUUGUAAAACAUUCAUUCGGAGUGUUCUAAAUAAGCAUACGUUAGGCAUAUAUCAUCCAUUAAUUGAAAAAUACGAAAUGAAGGAAUUGUAUGACAAACUUGCUCAUCUUGAUCAAAAUCACCUACAAUCUUCAACAAAACGAACAAAAUUUUUUUAAAUCUUUCUUGACUAGUUUCACCAUCAACAACCAUUCAUUCCAUAAUGUUUUAAAAAAAUCAAAAAUUUACUUUCUCAUUUUUCUUUUCAAUUUUGAUCAAUAAAUCGAAUUAUUAAUUCAAAUGA